UUUCUGUCUUUUCUUUGACUCCAGUCAGGAUGAGAACAGAGCUGUUCAUUGUUUAUCUGCUUCCUGUGCUGAAAGAUAUAGCACAGGCAUCACCAGGGAGCGUUGACCUUGUGGUCACUCUGAAAAAUGGCCAAAUCAGAGGGGAAUACGUGACAGUGAAAGGCACAGAGAGAAGGGUGAAGCAAUUCCUGGCAAUCCCUUUCGCCCGGCCCCCCGUCGGGCCCCUCCGGCUGACUGCUCCCCAGGAUACAGAGCCCUGGGAGGGGGAGAGAGACUGCACACACCAGCCCCCUAUGUGUAUCCAGGAUCCAGAAAUAGUUGUGAAUCUUUCUAGGACCAUGUCAAUGCAAUACAGCCCACCAGAGCUUUCAGAGGACUGCCUGUAUUUGAAUGUAUACACUCCAGCUGAAGCAACAAAAGGGGACAAACUGCCGGUGAUGGUGUGGAUCCAUGGAGGAGGUCUGGCAAUGGGCGCAGCUUCUCAGUAUGAUGGCGCGCCACUAGCUGCUUAUGAAAACAUCGUGACAGUUAUUAUUCAGUAUCGCCUUGGCAUUCUGGGAUUCCUGAGCACUGGGGAUGAACACGCUCAUGGUAACUGGGGUUUCUUGGAUCAGCUGGCAGCUCUGAGAUGGGUGAAGGAAAAUAUUGAAGCCUUUGGAGGUGAUCCACAAGCCGUCACAGUCGCUGGAGAAUCUGCAGGAGGCAUCAGUGCCUCCAUACUGACUCUGUCUCCACAAGCCAAAGGAUUGUUUCAGAGGGCAAUUCUUCAAAGUGGAGUAGCGACAAUUGGGACCUACACUACAAGCAAUCCUUUGGGUUAUUCAAAGAUUGUUGCCAACCUUACUGGAUGUUACCGCAGCAGCACAGAGGAACUGGUCCAAUGUUUGAGAGGAAUAAGUAAAGACGAGUUAGUUGAGGCAACCAAAAAGAUGAAAAUUUACCUGGGAGCUGUGGUGGAUAGCAUGUUUCUAACUGAUACAGCAGAGGAGCUUCUCAAGAGGAAAGAAGUGCUAAAGGUGCCAGUGAUAAUGGGAAUAACCAACCAUGAGUUUGGAUGGAUCCUGCCUCAGAGCUUUGCCCCUCCUGGCUGGGAGAACGGUAUGAGCAGAGAGUCUGUGCUGGCAGUGGUGAACAUGUUCAAUCCUGCAGGGGCCUCCUCUGCCAACAGCCUCGUCGCAGAUGAAUACCUGAAAGAUGCUAAAACACCAGAAGAGAUCAGAGAUGGAUUCACUGAAGUCAUGGGAGACCUGCUUAUGACGCUGCCUGUCAUCAAGGUGGCCGGAUACCACUUGGAUGCUGGUAUUCCAGUUUACAUGUAUGAGUUUGUAUACCGUGCUGAGAUACACAAACACACCAGGCCCAGCUUUGUGAAGGCAGAUCAUGCAGAUGAUGUCGGCUUCGUGUUUGGUGGAUGUUUCUGGAAUGGACAUAUAAAAAUCAUAGAAAAAAAGACUGGAGGAACACAAAAGGAGUUGUCUACAGAGUUCUCCCGAUGGUCCUGGUCUGAUCAGUUGGCCUCAAUAUUCCAGACAGAAGCAGGAGUACAUGGAACUGGGCCUGACACAGACUGUGAGACAGAAACUGAAGGAGGACAGUGUUCAUUUCGCUACUGUCACACUCCCUCAGAAGCUGGAACAGUUAGCAGCAGCAGCCAAACCUGGAAACUGAUCUCUGAAAGCUGUCAUAUUGUCUGUGUUGGUCCCAAGAGAAUUUUUUAUGCAUCCUCACCAUAACUAACUGGUAUGCGGUUAAAUACUGCCUGGACGCCCUUAUCUCUGUUUCUGAAUGGAUUUACUGGGCUGCUUUUCCACAUCUUAAUUCCAUGUAAGUGUCUAUUUUGAUAUGUAAUUCAUAACAUAGCUGUAAUUAAAGGAAACCCUUUCACUGCAAAGAAAGAGCAAUGUGUAUCUUGUUAAAACAACCUGAUGGCAUGGUUUGUAGAUGCAGCUUGAAAUGAUUUUUGAGAGUAAACAGAAAUCACGUAGGUGAGUGACAUUUCCCAUGUGGAAAUUAAAGUGAUUUGCCAUUUACGCACCAUUAAAAAUAUUCAAAAGAUGUGCACAACAAAUACUGGUAGGAAAGGUUAGUCUAAAAAAUGUAUUCCUUGAACUGUCGAGAUCCCAAUUUAGCCAUCAUACCUUUGUUGUAAAGGACAUAAUAUUCAUAGACUUAAUGCAACACCACGGCUGCACGGUCGCGCUCAUUGGCUGUGCUGCCGACGUCAUUGGGCCCCUCCCCACACCAUGUUCGUCUCUUUCUGCGCUUGCGCACUUCUUCAUCAAGACCGCAGUCUCCAGCAAAACCUACGACAUACAGUGGGAAAUAGCAGUCACCCUCUGCUACCUGUGAGGGAGGUUACAUGUACGUACACCUGUUACUUAUAUUGUAUAUUCUCUAUGUCAAGUCACAUAUUCGAGACUUAUUUUUGUACGAUUUCUAAAUGCUGUUUGCAAACCAUUUCAGUUUGUUGAAUCGUUCUGGGAUCAAAGCGGAGGGUUAAUUCUCUUCUCGUGAUGUUUUGGCUUAUAAAACCUUAAUCGUUUAAUUAGAGUUGUUCUGAUGUGUAUUUGUCUUAAUUUGCAGAUAAACCUCCAUACCUGACGUGCAUACCCCGUUUGCCUGAAAAUGGCUCCAUAGUCGCGUUCUAAUAAUAGAGCUUAACGUUACAGGAAACGUCAGCCUUUUGCCGUUUAUUCAGUGCUGCUUCCUAUUUCAGCUGUCAAGUGCGUCGAGUCCAACACCUUGAACUCAUUAGUCAGUAUUUUUUGUUAAAUAAUAAGCUAUGGUAUGCACUAUGGGAGUCCAAGCACCUGUUUCUUUCAUGUUUUUAACUUUUCAUAUCUUAAUUCAUUCAGACAGAUUGUAAACCAAACCUCGUUCAGUAAGAAAGCAGUUUAAAGCGACCUUACUUAUUGACAGAGCUAUAUACCAAGUAAAAUGCGAAUAGAAGCCUUUUGCUAAUUCUAUCGAGACAUUUUUAUAUUCGGCAGAUGUAUCACCCACAAAGAACAUUGCAUUUGUAGGAAAUGUCAAUUCAAGUAAUUCGUCUGCAUGUAGCCUAAGUUCAACAAGCUUCUUCUAACAAAUUGGUCGUUAUAUGUUAGAACAAAGGUUCUGCUUUAUAGUAUUUCUAGGUAUGCAUUAGAAAAUGGCUACUUUUGAUUUGAAACAUCUGU